AUGCCCCUACCAAACUCCACAGAAAAUGCAAUAAACCUUGCUGCCGUUCUAUCGGCGCUGAAAACGCUCGCUUACCAAAACUAUCAAGUACCUGCAGUUCACGAUGAAGAGUUAUAUAAGAGUAUCAACAAGUACUCAGGUAUCAAAUACUGUUCUCUACCCAUUGAAGUCGCAACUCGUCUGGUCCAUACUCCACGUUUUGUUUUGUCUUUUGUCGAGACUCGGAGCGCCAUCAAGCCAGAAAAGAAGCUCAAACGAACAAUGGCUUUCACACACACUGUCAUUGUCACAGGUGGCACCGUUGGUCUGGGAUACUAUGCUGCACUCAAUAUUGCAAAAGCAUACCCACAAUACCUAGUUGUCCUUUCAUCGCGGACGGAUCGCGAAUCUGCAGCGCAAAAGAUCAAUUCAACACUUGGCCAAGACAAUGUCACUUUCCUCGCCCUAGACUUAAGUUCAAUCGCAAAGGUCAAGAAAUACGCCAAAGAAUACUCUUCAAAAAAGUUUCCGCCCAUCAUCGCUCUCCUUCUCAAUGCUGGACUCCAAUUUCCGAAUGAGGUCACUUUCACAGCAGACGGGUUUGAGUCAACUUUCCAGGUCAAUCACCUAGGACAUGCAAUUCUAUUGCACCAUCUCAGUCCACACUUUGCCCCAGGAGUUCGAGUUACACUCACAGCCUCUGGGACCCAUGAUCCGGCUCAGAAAAGCGGUAUGCCAGAUGCAAUUUACACUUCUGCAGCAGAUCUCGCGCGUCCAGACCCCAAAACAGUCACAAAGGACGGAAGACAACGCUACUCAACAUCCAAACUACUGAAUGUCAUGUUUGGAUACGCUCUAGUACGUCGCAUACCUUCAGAGCAGAUGACUGUCAAUUCGUUCGACCCCGGACUUAUGCCUGGCACUGGUCUGGCAAGGGAAUACAGUUCUUUCAUGCGAUUCAUUUGGAAUCACGUAUUACCUCACUUGGUUCCCGUGCUGAAGUUGCUCGUUAUGGACGGUAAUAUCCACUUACCAGCGGAAAGUGGCGCAAAUCUGGCUUGGGUGGCCCUAUCGAAAGAGACUGCCGGAAAAAAUGGGGUGUAUUAUUCAGGCAAGAAAGAGAUUCCGUCAAGUAUUGAUAGCCAUAUUGUCGAAAAGCAGGAUGAUUUGUGGGAUUGGACUGUGAAGGAAGUGACUGGUGGGGAAGAAGAGUAUUUGUCGCCGAAGUAA